AUGCAGUUCAAGAACACCGCGUUUGUUGCGCUCCUUGCAGCUAUUCCCAAUAUCGUGAACGCUGCUCCAACCGAUGCGACUGCUCAUUCCCUCGAAUCACGUCAACAAACCAAGGAGACAGUAUACCUAACCAACUGUGGUUCUACCUCGGAGUUCAGCUACUACAAGAGCGGUCAUAACUCUGAGAACCGCUCUCCUCCUGAUGAUAGGUGCAAAUUUACUACAGGUAACAACUUGCCUAUCAACUGGGAGUUCUCGUUCCAUAAAUGCACGUUCGGCUCGGGUGUAUCUUUCGAGACACAGUUAGGCGGUGGUGUACAACCUAAUGAAUUCAUCGGCACUGGAAUACAGAGAGUCCCAAACAAGACCCCCAAGACUUUCGACUGUUUCAUGGACAAUGGCAGGAUCUUGUACAGAGAUGGUUCAGUGGAAUGCAAGGCUAUUCACUGGUGCAAUCCACGGUAA